ACAACUGAUAUAGAACAUUAGUCAAAUCUAGCCUUUACUGGUGAUCAAUAACCGGUAUCUCGUGCCGUCCAACCUAAUCAUGCGUUGGCACCUGUUGGCGGCGGGGUGCGGCUUACUGCUAGUCAUCCUGUGCGCUCAGACUGCUUUAGCUUCUAGCCCACAAAAAAGCAGCUCCAGAAACGAAGGGUUUUACUUAAAUGCUGUCUCAAGAGGAGAUUUCCUUACUACGGAUACGCUGGGAAUCUUAGCCGAACUUGCCAAACUAAUUGGCAUGACGCAGGCCGACGUGUUGGCCAUGAUCAGUAUCGUCAAGAUCGGAUUCGGAGCCAUCGAGUUCAUCGAUAAAGUUUACUCACAGGUGUUCAACGGUUCAUCGCUGUCAGUGGACCUGGAGUCGCUGGCUGGCGCUGAUCGCUCCAUGCUGGCCAUGUUUCAGGUGCUAUCCUAUCGCCUGGAGCAGAUACAGUUCGGGUUGACGGGCAUCGAGCGCAGCCUGCGCGACAUGGCGCGGGAGCUGCCGGACAUGGUGCGCUGGGAGGCCAUGCUCGACUCCCUGGAGGACUACACCCGCCCUAUCAACUCCCUCUACCACCGCUUCGUGCACUACCAGAAGCACAAGGACGAGGUUGAAAAGCACACGCUGCUUGACUUUGCGGAGAGCGUCGUGUCUCAUGAGCAAGGCUCCAUCAUCAACCUCAUGGCCAACAUACACAACAUGGUUGCCCCAGACUACCCUCCUGUUCCCCAGGUGAGAUACUGA